UGACAAAAAUCCAUAUAACGGUCUUGUUCGAAUCAUAACCUAAAAUAUGUCGAGUGAGGUGGGUGUUGUCUCCGGUAGUUGCGUUAUUUGUCCAGUCAGCAACGAACUUCGAGUAUUGUUGACUUUGCACCUGGUACAUCUAGUCCUGCAGCUCGAAGGAAUCCACAAAAACUUAAGGGUGUGGGAAUCAUCGUCUAAUAAGAUUACCUGCACCAUGUCGUUGUCAGUACACAAACAGUACGGCAAUACUACAGUUGAGAGACUUCGCUUUGCAUAUGAAUGGAAAAUUGAAAACUUCAAACUCCUCCCUCAAGAACAUGGAGAGUUCAUCUCUUCUCCUACUUUUCAUCCGAGGGAAAAGGAUAAUAUGAAAUGGAGGUUAAGAUUGUACCCAAGAGGUUCCGGCAAAGAGAACGUGGGCUAUACUUCACUUUUUCUCUUCCUUGAUUGUCAAGAUGCUGCAAAAAUGAAAAUCAAAGUACACUGCAACCUCUCAAUCGUCAGGUCGACAAGUGUCAAUGCAACUUUUUCAUUUGAACAACAAUUUGAAGACGAAUUGUUGUCAUGGGGUUGCCCGCGAAUGAUCGAAAGAUCUAAAUUGGUCGACACACCUGACCCUUGUUCAAUCACUAUAAAUUGCAAUGUUGAAAUCCCACGGGGAGUCAUCACAAAAUCAGUUGCUUCAGUGUCUUUUGAUUUGCAAAAGGGUCAAUUGAAUGAAAAUUUUUCCCAACUCAUCAAAGAUUCACGUUUUGUCCCGUUUUAUGACGUCACCAUUAUCGCCGAGAGGAGAAAAUUUCGAGCCCACAAACUUGUUCUGGCCACGCGCAGUACUGUUUUUGCAGCGAUGUUCGAACACUCAAAAAUUGGAGAGCAUCGUAAGAAUGAAGUGAAGAUUGAGGACAUGGACGAAGCCACGGUGGAAGGAAUGCUAGAAUUCAUUUACGCAGAUAGUGUGAAAGAUCUUAAGAUGAUGGCACGUAAAUUAUUGCAAGCGAGUGACAAAUACGACUUACCUCGCUUGAAGGCGAUGUGUGAGAAAGCCAUUUAAAUGUAAAUAGUGCGGUAAGACCCGCAGAGCACCAGGUAGUGUAGUUUGAGUGAUUCACGCAAGAGUGAAUGGAGUAGUUCACGCAGAAUAUUUUCUCUUCGGAGUGAUUCACGCAAGAGUGAGUGCAGUGGUUCGCGCAGAAUAUUUCCUUUUCGCAUUUAACAAGGACAACGCUUCCAUUUGGAAACAAAAUUCCAUAAAUUUCAUAAAAACUUUCUCUUUUCAACGUUUUCUUCUUAGGAAUGAAUUAUAAAAUGGUUCAAACUUCCAAAAAAUAUAAUUCGUUUCACCUAAAAUUUAUUUUCGAUGCCAUUCUGGGUGUAGAAAAAUUAGUUACAAUUUUGGAAAUAUUAUUCUUUGAUUAAAAAAUUAAUAAUAAUUUGAUAAUUCAUUUAGAAAAGGUCAUGGUCUCGGAAAAUCGGAAUUUUUCAAUCAUUUCAUUGCUCUACUUCAAAAAGUCGACUUUCUAUUUUUUUACAUAUAUUUGAGAAAUAUUCCUUCAUAAUUAUACGUAAACAGAAGGUAUACUUAUAUUUCAAACUUAAUGAAAAGGCAUCAACGUUGCGGCGCUAGUGUACAUUUCUAUACAUACAAUUGUCAACAUAAAUUCUGUCCUACUAGCCUGAACUGAGUAUAGCAUGUGAUUGACCAGUUAAGAGUAUCCCUCAUUCCUCAUUGGCCAUGAGCCCCCACUCAGUUAAGGUUAGUAGGAUAGAGCUUUUGUUGACGAUUGUAUACUAUGCUUCUCUACGGCACUCUGUCACGAACGCAACUCUCUCUCUGUCCGCUUCGUGAUUUUUUGAACACACGGGAGGCAUAGGGGAGCCAUACUCUACGUAUUAUAUUAUGAGA